CCCCCCCUCCUUAUCUUCUUCAUUCUCCGUAUAUAACACACUGGAAAGGGGGGUGCUUUUGUUGAUUCCUCGUGCACCUCUCUCUCUCUCUCUCUCUCUCUGCUUCUCAUACAGCCAUGCUUGAUCCCUUUGCACUUCCUCAUAAUUUAAGAUUUUAGCAUUCAGGUUAUGAUAGCUUCCGUUAACCUCAAACCAGCGAGCAGAAGCUCAUCCCCAGCUCUCGGUUUCCCUCGCCCCAGAUUCUUCCGAUACCGGCGUUUGAGGUAGAAUCCAGAUUUCUCCGUUUGUGUACUUAAUUACUGGUAUAUUUACAUAUCAUGUCGAGUUCGAAGAGCCAUCGGAGAUCAGGACAAGAGGAGAAGAACCGGAGGGGCAAAUUGACCCAUAAAUCGUCCUCGUUUCACGGGCAUAUUCCGGUCACUAUGACGGCUGAGCUUCCCCGGCCGAAAACGGUGCCGGAGUUACUCUCCGACAAGAGCGCGACCGGAACGACGUCGCAAGAGGGACGGCCACGGCUAAUGAAGCUGCUACUGAACGUGACGAUUCAGGGGAGCCUGGGGCCGGUGCAGGUGGUGAUGAAUCCGGAAUCUACUGUCAGCGACCUGAUCUCCUCGGCAGUCCGGCUUUAUGCGAAGGAGUGCCGCCGGCCAAUCUUACCGACCACCGACCUUUCCACGUUCGACCUCCAUUAUUCACAGUUCAGCCUAGAAAGCUUGGAUAGGGAGGAGAAGCUGAUGGCACUGGGAUCGAGAAAUUAUUUUCUGUGCGUAAGAAAAACAGAGUCGGGCGGCGGCGAAAGGACGCCGUCUCCAUCAUGUUCCAAAGAGGCUGAGAAAGCUUCCAAGAUCGGCGGCUUUGCUUGGCUCAAGUUCAUGGACUUCCUGCUGUGAUCUGCUGCUACUGCCACCACCCGAUUGUUCCCUUUUUUUUUUUUAUUUUUCAGGUUAUUUAAUUGUCAGUGUGAAAUCUGAUAGUGGUUUUUCCAGAUUUUUGUAAAAAAAAACAUUUUCAAAAGCAUGCAAAAUUAAGAUUUGCAUGUCUCUUGAUCAUUGUUCCAACCUUUGUUUGUUGUUAUUACAGAUAAAUCAUAAAUAUUUA